AUGAUCCAUUCACAAUAACAUUUUUCGUGGUUUAUCGUGCGUUCAUGAGACCUCGAGAUGUCCUUAUUAAACUAAUGAAAAGAUUUGAAGAGUGUGAAGAGGAUUCAAGAGAUAGGAAAAGUACUACACAUGAAAAAAUAUGCAAUCUCUUAUAUCAUUGGAUAACGAAUCAUCCGCAUGAUCUUAUUCAUCCGCAAACGCGACAAAUGAUGUGUGAAUUCCUCGAAACUAUAACAAGUUAUAAACAUCUCUCAUACUAUGCUAUAAUUCUUGACCCUUUGAUCAACGGUACUGUCCCUGAAGAAGAUCCUGACAUGUUUUGGGGUUUUGUUGAUUCUACUGAUGAGAAACUCAUCAAACAUGAUGUGGUAGUAAAAAAUACAAACACUCCAUUAAUUCCACAUGCAAAGAAAGAUAGUGGAUUUGGUAGUUGGACAUUUGAUAGAGAUAAUAAUCAAUCCAAUUUGACCCUAUCAGUACAUGAAAUUAAUAAUAAUCGUACGAGUAGUCAACCUCUUCAAAAAUCUUCUUUAAUAAUUGUUCCUGAUGGUUCCAUAGGAAGACCAAUGAGUCAAUUAACUUUCGAUGAGUUACCGGAAAAGGCAAUUGCUAAUGAACUGACUUUCCAAGAAUUUCAACUCUUUAAAAAAAUCACUGGUAGAGAUUUAUUGAGACAUAUUUGGACACCACAGGGAAAUAUUCAACGCGGGAACGGAC